AUGUGGACACAGAGAGGGGAGAAGCGACACAAGCGCGAUCCCUGUCUUGCAGACUUCAGCCAUAGCACGCAGCUGCAUUGCCACAUGCGGAAACACGCGGGGCAGAAGCCGCACAAGUGCGAUCUCUGUCCUAGAAAGUUCAGCCACAGCACGCACAUGCAGUGCUAUAUGCGGACACACAAGGGGGAGAAGCCACAAAAGUGGGAUCUCUGUCCUACAGAGUUCAGCCAUAGCACGCGCCUGCAGGAGCACAUGCAGAUACACACGGGUGAGAAGCCACACAAGUGCGAACUCUGUCUUUCAGAGCUGAGCAGCACGCAGCUGGAGUGCCACAUGCGGAAACACGCGGGGGAGAAGCCGCACAAGAGUAGUAUGGGAUGGACUCUCAUAGUGCACAACGCUCAACUGUCCUGA